AUGAGAAAACCAGCAAUUACGCCUCGGCCAGCCGGGGCUCUGCCCCAGACCCCGUUGCUCUUCUGGCUAGGCACGACUGGUGAGUCGGUUGGAAGGCUCAUUGACCUUAACGGCGUCGAGACCUAUAUCAGUGGAGAGAAGAAUGCCUCGAGCAAAAAGGCCGUUUUGUUUUUGACUGAUGUAUUCGGUCACAAGUAUAUCAACAACCAGCUGCUCGCUGACGAGUACGCCAAGGCGGGAUAUCUAGUUGUGGUUCCAGAUUUGUUCAAAGGCGACCCUCGCUCACCUGAUUCUGUCCCCGGUGCUGACCCCAAUGAGCUCCGUACUAAGUGGCUUCCUAACCACACGCCUGAAAUCACCAGGCCAAUUGUUGAGAAAGCAGUUGAGGGUCUUAAGAAAGAGUACUCCCCUGAGUUUGUCGGUACUGUGGGCUACUGUUUCGGUGCCCGAUACGUUCUCCAACAACUUGCUACUGAUAAUGUCAAUGCAGGAGCAAUUGCUCAUCCUUCUGGUGUCACCAUUGAAGAUGUUCGUGCUGUUAGAAAACCUCUUCUCAUCAUUGGCGCUGAAACUGAUGGAGCCUACACUCCGGAAUUGCAAAAGCAGACAGAGGAUGUGCUCAGAGAAAUCAAGGCUACCUAUUUCACCACCCUUGCAUCGGGUGUAUCUCACGGAUUUGCAGUCCGCGGAGAUAUCACCAACCCUAUAGUCAAGUUCGCCAAGGAAAAGGCUCUUCGUGACACCGUUGACUGGUUCAAUGCCUUUAAUUCCCGAAAGUAG